AUGGAGGGAAGGGGUUUGACUCUGCGGAGUAAAUUCCCUACCAGGCCUCAGAUCAGCGCUCCCAAACCCAUCUCCGACUCUCGCUCCGCCGCAGGCGGCGGUAGACCUGCUCCCGCGGGUAUUGCGACAGUCGGCUCUUCCCCACGAAAAACACAAUCAAGCGGUGCCACAUCUGAUCUCCCUACCCCCUGGCGCUGCGCCUUUGAUAGAGCCGCACAACAGCAAUGGUCUGCAACGGGCAAGGAGCCUCUUCCCGGCCCAGGUGAACCCCUCCGUGUCGACCUGAAUACUUUGAGGGAUCCCACUCUGCCAGUGGAAAAAUAUGUCACCACUCUUUUGGCAAAUGCAUCCGAACAGGAAAUAUGGGAGUAUCAGAACCAGCUGUUGAAACUCAAGAACAGAACGUCUACUGAUCUACAACAAAAUGUCUAUCGGAAUCGGACCCAAUUUAUAAAAAUCAGUAAGGAGGCCGAGAAACUGAAGGGGGAGAUGAACACGCUUCGGGACCUCAUGUCCGAACUUACUGCCGCUCUGGGCCAGGCAAACGCUACAAAUGGCACAAAUUCUAUUUCCCCAGGAUUCGAUGAGGCCUCUCCCGCGAAAAGACAUACAAAUCGAAGCUCCGUUGCCAACCUCGAAAACAUGUGGAACGUACAGCUUCAAACCCUAUGGAAAACUGUGGAGAGAUCCCAAAAAUUCCUGCCCGCCAUACCCGGCCGCCAUAUUGUACUCGAAACAGGCCAGUGGGUUGAACUGGACUCGGCAACAUGGAAACCAAAACGGCCUGUCCAUCUUGUCCUCCUCAACGAUCAUCUCCUUGUGGCCGCCAAAAAAAGGAAACGAGUUGAUCCGAAUACCCAUAAUAUGAAAGGUCCUGUUCCAACAAAACUAGUUGCGGAGGAAUGCUGGCCAUUACAAGACAUCGACAUGAUUGACCUUGCGUCCAACCUAGGCCCGAACGGCGUGGGCCCAGAUGUGGAAGGCAGUGGAAUUCCGAACGCUAUCAAUAUCCGGUAUGGCCAAAAGUCGUUCACCUAUCGCAGCGAUCAUCGGAUUGGCGCACCUAAAAACGACCUUCUGAUGACUUUCCGCAAAACACUCGAGGAUCUGCGGAAGAUCAUGCGCACAGAAACCGAAUUCAACGCCAAGGCUCCAGACACCUCGAGUAGUAACCUAUCUCUAUCCAGAAGUUCCCAAAUCUUUGACAGGAACGUAUUCCGCGAUAAGCUCGAUAUCCUCAUCGACGUCGACGGGAAACAGCAAAAUAUGAGAUGGGUCGAGGGCCAAUUGGACGAACUCGAUAUUGAUACCGCGCUCCAACGUUUCGACGACGCAGUGUCACGGGUGGAACAACUGCGAAAGCUCGCAAAGAGCUUAAAGGGAAACCUGACAGCGCAGGAUAUCAUCCUCUCCAGGAUUGACGAACGAGCCACCAAGCUGGCGGAGACUAUACUGCGAGCUUUGGUGGACACCAAUUCGUUCCUCACAGCGACCAAAACAAAGGUUAGCUGGCUUUCCCGUCUAGGUUUUGACGAUAGAGCACGAGAAGUUUUUUUACACACUAGGACAGAAGUAAUCACGAAGCAUGCCCGCCAAUGUGUCUUCGAAGGUGACCUGCGCCUGUACAUUUUCCAGGUAUCUUACAUCUACUUCACGCUAAUCAAAAACACCAUUGCCAUCUACCAGCAGUGCUUUCCUGCGCCCAUGACGAGCGCUUGUAUAAAAUGGGCCAAGCAGCACCUUGACGGUUUCAACGCCAUUCUUUCCCGACAGCUGAGCAGCGUUGAACCCGAAAGCUCCGUUUGGCAAGGGUGCAUGGAGACUGUGCAUGAUCAUGUCAUUUUGUUAUUGGAGGUUGGAGUUGAUUUCAAGGAUUUGGUGGGCAAAGGGUUGCCUAAGAGAACGGGUCCGGGUAUAUCGUCUUAA